AUGUCGGAGAAUAAGCUGCAUUUUCGGCAUAUUUUGCUUUACUACUUCAAGAAAGGCAAGCGAGCUACGGAGGCCCACCGAAAGAUAUGCGGUGUAUACGGGGACGAUGCCUUAACAGAACGUGCCGCUCAGAAAUGGUUUGCCAAAUUUCAUUCCGGAGAUACGAGUCUUGAAGAUGGACCCCGCAGCGGUCGGCCGACCGAGGUUGAUUCGAAUGAUAUCAAGGCACUGGUUGAGCAAGACCGGACGCUAAAGGUGCGAGAGAUUGCGGAGACACUUAAAAUAGUGCCGCACAAGCUGACCGAGGAGAACCUGGCCAACCGCAUAUCCAUCUGCAAUUCACUUCUGAAGCGGCACGAAAGCGACCCGUUUCUCAAACGAAUAGUGACUGGCGACGAAAAAUGGAUCAUCUACAACAACAUAAUGCGCAAAAGAUCAUGGGGAACCGCUGGCGAGCCGCCGAAUGCCAUCCCGAAGGCCGGCCUGCAAUCGAAAAAGAUUUUGCUAUCCAUAUGGUGGGAUCAUCGUGGUGUGCUGUUUUACGAGCUGCUUCCUCAGGGAAAAACGAUCGAUUUGAAGGUCUACUGCACGCAGCUAAUGAAAUUGAAUCAAGCAUUGCGACAGAAACGUCCAGAACUGGUCAAUCGCAAAGGUGUCAUAUUCCACCAUGACAACGCCAGACCCCACACCGCAAUAAUCACUCAGCAAAAAUUAGUGCAACUUGGCUGGGAUGUUUUGCCCCACCCACCGUAUUCACCAGAUCUUGCGCCAUCCGACUACCAUUUGUUCCGGUCCCUGCAAAACUCCCUCAACGGGAAAUCGUUCGCUGAUCAGACAGCUGUGAAAACGUACCUUGACCGGUUUUUCACCUCUAAGCCCCAGACCUUCUAUGAGAGCGGAAUAAUGAAAUUGUUGGAAAGAUGGCAAGAGGUCAUCAACAAAAACGGAGAAUAUAUCAUUGAUUAAAAUUCAUCCUUUGUAUGAAAAAAACUUGUUUCAUUUUAGCCUUCAAAAACCGAACGAAUAUAUGGAUCCACCCAAUACAUUAUAAAACAAAAGAAUUCUAUAACUUUGGUUAUUACCACAUG